GUUUUAUUUAAAGGUAACCAUUCAGAGGCUGAUAGAUAUGCAAAACCCCAGAAAUAUUCUUUAAUCAUCAUCUUUAAUCAUCUUAUUUAUUAAAUCACUUAAUGAUAUCAGAACAUCUGCAGUAGAUGUAAACAUUGUUAAUGUUUAAGGAAGUCUGUUUAAGGAUGUCAUGGGGCAUAGAUGUUAAUUCAAAUGCCCAAGAAUGUCUUUUGUUUAAAAUAUGUCCACAGUAUGCUUAUUUUUAGUUUAAAUCACACAUGCAUUUUGCUGGUGUAAGCAUUUUUAUAACAUGAUCUUCCAUUAUUAAUAGUACCACAGCAUAUCAAGCUUAUGGACAUUUUAGAAGCAGUAAGAACAGACGCUCUGGAAGAAACAUGAAUACCUCAGAUUUUCCACCCACAACUCUGGCUCUUGUAUUCUGAGAGCGAUCAGCCAGCGAGUUAUGGCAAGUAGCUUGAACAUUUACUUAUUUAUUCUUUUUAAAAUUAUUUUUAUAAAAAUUCAUAAAUAAAAAAAACCUGUUUUUAAUUACUGGUAUGUGAUCGAAUAUCCAAUUUCAAUUUCACUAGUAACUUUUCAUUUUAUAGCCUAGUAUUCAUUCCAGUAGUGGCGAGUAUAAAUUAGUAAUAUAUAAUAGUUAAUAAUUAUUCAUUAGAUACUAGUACCUAUUAACUAUUGCUACUGGUCAUUAUCCCAGUAGUGUCAAGGAACUAUUUUUACUGAUAAGAAAUUGCAUUUUUUAUAUUUUUCAAUAUCUAUUUAUUUAUUCAUUUUUGACAUUGACUUGUAUAGAAUCUGUUUUUCAGAUAUGCAUAUAAUUAUUCAUGGUGUCUAUUCCAGAUUUACUAGUAACUAUUCCUUAGUUUUUAGUAAUUAUUUCCUAGAUACAGUCCAGUACUUAUUAGAAACUCUUGAUACUAAUAACACACAAAAAUGUUACUUGCCACUAAUACAAUAGUGAUUACAAGCAAAUAAAUAAAUAGUAUAUAAUGAAUAAUUACUGAAUAGUUAUUGGAUUUACCUAAAAGUGCUAGUAACAUAAAAAUAGAUACUGGUAUGUUUUGAAUCAUAAAUGUUGAACCGGCUUGCCGUACAUGGUGGCGGUGCGCGUUUCUCGGUCCAUUCAGAAGAUUUGUUAGGGAGUGGUUAGCGCAUGCGCACUAGCAUGGCAACAAGUGGCUUGUCAUUUGUAACAGAAAAAGGAACUGCGGAACGUGGUGCUGACGUCACCGGCCCAGCCAGGUGGCAUUCCGAGAAGCAGAAGAGGCGCAUUCGCCUCCUAGUAACCGUAUAACGGAUCCGAGAGGAGCAGCUCAACAUGUCUUCGGCGCAGGUCUCCUCGUCGAGGAGACAGUCGUGUUAUCUGUGCGACCUGCCGCGCAUGCCGUGGGCGAUGAUUUGGGAUUUUACGGAGCCCGUGUGCAGGGGUUGCGUGAACUACGAGGGCGCGGAUCGGAUCGAGUUUGUUAUCGAGACGGCGCGCCAUCUGAAGCGGGCUCAUGGCUUCCAGGAAGGGAGAUCCCCUGGUCCAGCGCCGCCGCCUGCGGUGAAAGCACAAGCGGGCAUGUCGUCCAAGGAGUCGGUGCAGAUGAAUCAUGUGGACGGCUCGUCCAAACAGCAGCAGCAGCAGCAGCAACAACAACAGCCCGGCUUGGACCGAUACGCGCUCGGAACCGAGAGAUCGCGCUUUGAUUAUUCCAGCAUCGGCGCGCACAGGCUUCCGAACGGACUCGGCGGACCGAACGGCUUCCCCAAAUCAGACGACGGACCCCCCGAGCUGAACCGACAGAGCCCUAACUCGCGUCGGAAUCACGGGCUGGUGGCAGUGUCUGGGCAGAUGAGCGUGCCGCCGAACCUCCUCCCGCAGACUCUCCUGAACGGCCCACCAUCAGCGGCGAGCAUAGCCCAGCACAGCCUGUCUGGACGAGCCCCUCCAGCCUCGGCCAGCAUCGGACCGGCGCUUGCGCUCUCCGAGCAAGGUAAAAGACCCGGUUCUGUGUCCAGCACGGACCAAGAGAGAGAUCUAAAAGAGAAGCAGCGUAACGCAGAGGCUCUGGCUGAACUUAGUGAAAGUUUGAGGAACAGAGCAGAGGAUUGGGCAAGCAAACCCAAGAUAGUGAGGGACACACUGAUCACACUUUCCAAUUGCACUCCGUUUGAUGUGAGGUUCAAGAAAGAUCAUUCCCUUCUAGGUAGGGUGUUUGCUUUCGAUGCUAUUUCCAAGCCCGGCAUGGACUAUGAACUGAAAAUCUUUAUUGAGUACCCCAGUGGAUCUGGUAAUGUGUUUUCCAGUGCGUCCGGUGUGGCUAAACAGAUGUACCAGGACUGCAUGAAAGACUUCGGCAGAGGGCUUUCCUCCGGCUUUAAGUAUCUGGAAUAUGAGAAAAAGCACGGCUCUGGCGACUGGAGGCUCCUGGGUGAUUUACUCCCGGAGUCUGUGCGUUUCUUUAAGGAGGGGCGGGGUGAAAUGCUGCCCCAGCCUUACAUCGACGCCAGCUGCCCUCUGCUGCCUUCAGCACUGGUCAACAUGCCCCGGGCCGUGGCGUCGGGCAGUGCGCUCAGGACUGGCGUGCGCAAACGCAAAGCCUCCCGGAACCGGACUCGGGGAGGGGAGCAGCAGAGACAGCAGUGGAUGGCAAGUCAAAGCGAGGCGCUUAAACUGACCAUGGCGUCCGGCUCGUUCGCAGCCUCUCACGGCGGACCUCCGCCCCUGGGGUCGGUGCACUCCAGCCGAGCCACCCCACCCGAAUCGGCCCCACAGAACGGACAGUCCCCAUGGCUGCGCUCAUGUCGACGGAUCCGAGAGGAGCAGCUCAACAUGUCUUCGGCGCAGGUCUCCUCGUCGAGGAGACAGUCGUGUUAUCUGUGCGACCUGCCGCGCAUGCCGUGGGCGAUGAUUUGGGAUUUUACGGAGCCCGUGUGCAGGGGUUGCGUGAACUACGAGGGCGCGGAUCGGAUCGAGUUUGUUAUCGAGACGGCGCGCCAUCUGAAGCGGGCUCAUGGCUUCCAGGAAGGGAGAUCCCCUGGUCCAGCGCCGCCGCCUGCGGUGAAAGCACAAGCGGGCAUGUCGUCCAAGGAGUCGGUGCAGAUGAAUCAUGUGGACGGCUCGUCCAAACAGCAGCAGCAGCAGCAGCAACAACAACAGCCCGGCUUGGACCGAUACGCGCUCGGAACCGAGAGAUCGCGCUUUGAUUAUUCCAGCAUCGGCGCGCACAGGCUUCCGAACGGACUCGGCGGACCGAACGGCUUCCCCAAAUCAGACGACGGACCCCCCGAGCUGAACCGACAGAGCCCUAACUCGCGUCGGAAUCACGGGCUGGUGGCAGUGUCUGGGCAGAUGAGCGUGCCGCCGAACCUCCUCCCGCAGACUCUCCUGAACGGCCCACCAUCAGCGGCGAGCAUAGCCCAGCACAGCCUGUCUGGACGAGCCCCUCCAGCCUCGGCCAGCAUCGGACCGGCGCUUGCGCUCUCCGAGCAAGGUAAAAGACCCGGUUCUGUGUCCAGCACGGACCAAGAGAGAGAUCUAAAAGAGAAGCAGCGUAACGCAGAGGCUCUGGCUGAACUUAGUGAAAGUUUGAGGAACAGAGCAGAGGAUUGGGCAAGCAAACCCAAGAUAGUGAGGGACACACUGAUCACACUUUCCAAUUGCACUCCGUUUGAUGUGAGGUUCAAGAAAGAUCAUUCCCUUCUAGGUAGGGUGUUCGCUUUCGAUGCUAUUUCCAAGCCCGGCAUGGACUAUGAACUGAAAAUCUUUAUUGAGUACCCCAGUGGAUCUGGUAAUGUGUUUUCCAGUGCGUCCGGUGUGGCUAAACAGAUGUACCAGGACUGCAUGAAAGACUUCGGCAGAGGGCUUUCCUCCGGCUUUAAGUAUCUGGAAUAUGAGAAAAAGCACGGCUCUGGCGACUGGAGGCUCCUGGGUGAUUUACUCCCGGAGUCUGUGCGUUUCUUUAAGGAGGGGCUCGGGGGUGAAAUGCUGCCCCAGCCUUACAUCGACGCCAGCUGCCCUCUGCUGCCUUCAGCACUGGUCAACAUGCCCCGGGCCGUGGCGUCGGGCAGUGCGCUCAGGACUGGCGUGCGCAAACGCAAAGCCUCCCCGGAACCGGACUCGGCGGAGGGGGAGCAGCAGAGACAGCAGUGGAUGGCAAGUCAAAGCGAGGCGCUUAAACUGACCAUGGCGUCCGGCUCGUUCGCAGCCUCUCACGGCGGACCUCCGCCCCUGGGGUCGGUGCACUCCAGCCGAGCCACCCCACCCGAAUCGGCCCCACAGAACGGACAGUCCCCCAUGGCUGCGCUCAUGUCGGUCGCAGACACUUUGGGUAACGCGCACUCACCAAAGGACAGCAACUCAGUGCACUCCACCACAUCCACCCGACACAACAGUAGCAGCCCGGUCUCCCCUGCCUCGGUGUCCGGACAGCGGCGUUUGGCCUCCCGGAACGGGGAAAUUAGUCUGACGGGGACGCCUUCCCAAUCGGGUUCGCAUCAGGGCAUGGAUCAGGUGCACCCUCAGAACAUUCCAGACUCACCCAUGGCCAAUAACGGACCUUUGUGUUGUACUAUCUGCCACGAACGUUUAGAAGACACACACUUUGUCCAGUGCCCGUCAGUUCCCAACCACAAAUUCUGCUUCCCGUGUUCCCGGGAGAGCAUCAAAGCGCAGGGGGCCACAGGAGAGGUGUACUGCCCCAGCGGAGAGAAAUGUCCCCUGGUAGGGUCAAACGUGCCUUGGGCUUUCAUGCAAGGCGAGAUAGCGACCAUUUUAGCCGGGGAUGUGAAAGUAAAGAAAGAAAGAGACCCUUAAAUAUAAAUAUAUAUGCUUCCUGCAUCAGAAACAGACAGGUGAAGCGAGUAUAUUUAAGGCUGUCUUAAAACCUAGUGAGCUGCCUACUAAGACAACAUUUAUGGGCAUGACAGAUGCAUUUGAAUGCCCAGAAAUGCUGUCUAAGUGGGCAGCAUGCUUGGUUUUGAGAGACAGCCUACUUGUUGUGAAUAUUGAAGUUACAGAAAUAGUCCAGUGUACAGAGACAUUUGUUUUCCUCCACGAAGGAGGAGGCUGUGUGUGUGGAAACAUUUUUUACGGCACUUUUACGGUUUACGUUAAUGUUUUUAUUCAAUUUCAUACUUAUUUUCCACAUCUACAUGUACAAUCCCAAGCAAAAAAAAAAAAUGUUAUUAAUGAAUACACUUUUUUUGUGGUAGGUAUAACAAAUGAAGUGAGUCUAAGAGAGGGCAUUCUUUGUUUCUUGAUCCUGUCUGUUUUUUUUUGUUGUUGUUUUUUUUAAGUAUGAUCUUUAAAACAGCGAUUUUUAAUUUGUAUCCCGUGAUCUGAGAAUACAGAUAUAUUUUAUUACGUGUUUUCAUUCUCUCUUUUUGCUUUAAAGUUGCACGGACGCUUUAGUAGAGCAAAAAAUACUGUAAAUGAAAAAUGAAAUGCUCUGUUUGUUUAUACAUAUUUCUGUAGUAACAGAAGACUUGUAACGUGCCUUGGAGCUGAGUAAAUUGUAAUAAAUUCAUUGA